AUGUCGCCCCCCCACUUUCUGGUUGUGACGUUCCCUGCUCAAGGCCACAUCAACCCAAGCCUCCAGUUCGCCAAGCGCCUCAUAGGCAUCGGCGCUCAAGUCACCUUCGCCACCAGCGUCUCUGCCCACCGUCGCAUGUUGAACGCCUGCAACCCAGAUGGCUUAACCUUCGCACCCUUCUCAGACGGCCAUGACGACGGCUUCAAACCCAUCGGCAGCAUCGAACACUUCCUGUCCGAGCUGAAACGCCGUGGUUCAGAGACUCUCAGAGAGCUUAUUCUCAGCCUAGCUAGAGAAGGCUGCCCCGUUACCUGCUUGGUUUACACUCUCCUCUUACCGUGGGCCGCAGACGUCGCACGUAACCUUGAUGUCCCCUCGGCUCUUCUCUGGAUUCAAUCCGCCACUGUCUUCGACAUCUACUACUACAACUUCACUGGAUACGGCGACCUCAUAUGUAACAACAAAAAUGACUCCUCGUAUACUAUAGAACUACCAGGUCUACCACCGCUCACCAGCCGAGACCUUCCCUCCUUUCUCCUCCCUUCCAAUACCGCCUACCCUUUCGCUCUUCCAACAUUCCAUGAACAGAUCGAAACCUUGGAACGAGAAACCAAGCCACGAGUUCUUGUAAACACGUUCGAUGCCUUAGAGCCUGAAGCACUGAGAGCCGUUGAGAAGAUUGAUUUGAUUGGAGUUGGGCCAUUGAUUCCGUCGGCUUUCUUAGACGGCAAAGACCCAUCUGAUAAAUCUUUUGGAGGAGAUCUGUUCCAUGGUUCGACAGACUACAUGGAGUGGCUAAACUCGAAAGAGGAUUCAUCUGUUGUCUACGUAUCGUUCGGAAGCAUCGCUGUGUUACCCAUGCAGCAAAUGGAAGAGCUUGCAAGCGCGUUGAUAGAGAGUGGCCGGCCGUUCUUGUGGGUCAUCCGGAAGAAUGAGAAUGCUUCAGAAGAAACGAAGAAAGAGGAAGAAGCGUUUCUGAGUGGGAUCGAAGAGCAGAAAAGAGAAGGAAUGAAAGUGCCGUGGUGUUCUCAGGUUGAAGUUCUCUCACACCCUUCGGUGGGUUGCUUCCUGUCGCACUGUGGGUGGAAUUCAACGUUGGAGAGUCUGGUGACUGGGGUUCGGGUGGUGGCGUUUCCACUGUGGACGGACCAAGCGACGAAUGCGAUGUUAAUAGAAGGUGUUUGCGGUACAGGGGUGAGGGUGAGAGCGAAGGAAGGAGAAGGAGAUGGAGUAGUUGAGAGGGAGGAGAUCAAGAGGUGCUUAGAUAUGGUGAUGGAAGGAGAGAAUGGGGAAGAGAUGAAAAGGAACGCCAGGAAAUGGAAAGAACUAGCCAAGAAAGCUGUGAAGGAGGAUGGUUCUUCUGAUAAGAAUCUCCGGCGGUUUGUGGAAGAGAUGAGAAAAGAUUGUUCUGUAGUUUAG